UAAUAACAAAGUGGUGUGCCUUCUCCCAGUUCAAGUCAUAUGAUACGAAAAUGGCUGCUGACAUGAAAAUUCUCGCUGCGGUGUUUUUGUUCUGUUUCGCUGACUGUGCAUCUGUCUCAAACGGUCCAGUGCCAGUAGUAAUCUGGCAUGGCAUGGGUGACAGCUGCUGUAACCCACUCAGUAUGGGCUCCAUAAAAAGACUCAUAGAGAAAAAUAUCCGAGAUGUGUAUGUAAGGUCUCUUGAAAUAGGAUCCAGUAUUGAAGAGGAUACCUUGAAUGGUUUCUUCAUGAAUGUGAAUGACCAAAUCAACAUGGUGUGUCAGAAGCUUGCUACAGACAAGAAACUUCAGGCAGGAUACAAUGCUAUAGGAUUUUCUCAAGGGGGACAAUUCUUGAGAGCUGUUGCGCAGAGAUGCCCAACACCGCCUAUGCUUAACCUGAUCUCAGUUGGUGGACAACACCAAGGAGUGUUUGGCUUUCCUCAUUGUCCUGGGGAUAAUGAAACCUUAUGUGAAUAUGUGAGGAAACUGCUAAAUUUUGGAGCCUAUGUUGAUGAAAUCCAAGAUCGACUGGUUCAGGCAGAGUACUGGCAUGAUCCACUCAAUGAGGAUGAGUACAGGACAAAAAGUGUCUUCCUGGCUGAUAUCAAUCAAGAACAGUCUGUCAAUCAAACAUACAGGAACAACCUGAUGAAGCUGAAGAAUAUGGUACUUGUUAAGUUUCUGCAAGACACUAUGGUGGAGCCAAGAGAAAGUGAAUGGUUUGGUUAUUAUGUGCCAGGACAGGACAAGAAACUUUACACAUUGUUUGACAGUCCUCUCUACACACAGGACAAGCUUGGCUUGAAGAGCCUAAAUGCAACAGGACGCCUUCACUUCCUCACUUCAAACACAGACCACCUGCAGUUUACAGAGCAAUGGUUCAUUGAUAAUAUCCUUGAUAAAUUUUUGAAGUAAAAUUUAUCAGCAAAGAUGCUUUCAGUCACUAGCCUUACAGCAACAACUUUCAUUAUCUUAACUGAUCUAAGAUAUGCAAAAUGGAACAGGAAAUUGUAUUGAAUAGUAUACUUAAUCUAAAAUCAAACAUUUGCCUAGAUGAAGUUCAGAAUAAGCAGUUGACAGAGGCUAAUUUUCCUGCACAUUUUAUCACAUUUUUCAGUAUUAAUUUUGCUGUGUUGAAUUGAUUGUUAAUGCUGUGAUUAAACUUGCUUUUGGAUCAUUUUGGUGAUAAUUCUGAAUGACUAUAAUUACUAAUCGUUAGAUUUGAAAUUUGAAACUGAUUUCUUAGAAAUGUGUCAAAAUUCGUCAACAUUUACGUUAAAACCAUGUUGACAGGGUAGAUAAUUUGUUAUGAAAGUUAACUUAAUAUAUAUAUAAUUUUGAAGUUUAAUUUGUAAAUUUGUAAGUGAAAUUUGACUGACUAUAAAACAAAAUUAAUAUGCUUCGCAAAAGUUUAUACAUGUACAUUUAUAAAUAUUUUUAAAAGUCUUUCCCACCAAAUAGAUGAAGUAAAUUUUGAAU